AUGCGUUCUUCCAUCUUCGCAAGCCUUCUGGCUGCAGGCUCCGCGCACGCCUUCUCAGACUCGUCCCCCUUUCUCCUCUUCUCCACGGCCAAGUUCCCGUCCGCGCAUCAGCCAUCGCAGCUGCAGACCAGCUCCAGUGUGCUCUCUGCGGCGAAAGACAUCCUCAGCCUGUGCCCGACGACAAACUAUCUUCUAGUUUCGCAAGCCAACGCUCACGCAUCCGACUUAGAUGGCCCGGAAGAAUGUGGCGUGCACAGGAUUCGCUCCGCAGUGACCAGUGAUGCUGUGCAAGGCCGGUAUACCGUGGCAGAGGUUGUCAAUGCUGCCGUCGGAAAUAUGUCCUUUGACAGCUUCUCUGAUCACAUCAAGAAGUCGUGUCUAGGAAAGGGUGCCCGAGAGGCAAUUAUCCGGCAGCUAUCUCUGACGCCCCUGCCGACAUCCCGAAGAUGCAAGGAUCGUGUCGAGACCAUGGACGAUAAUGACUACGCUCUCGGCAACAUUCUUCAGGAGAAACUGCCCUCAGGCGAUUACACCGUUCUAUUCUUCUCGACUCCUCAUGAGAGCAGGCCGUACGAAGUAGAUUUCGAAAACCCAUCGCAGAUCCAGCUCAGCAAGCGGAUCGCCGAGCCUGCGCGUGCUGUUCAUCGCAGGGCCGCUGCGGACGCAAACUGGCCGAAGGAUGCCGCCCUUUUCGAUAAGUACCAGUUCUUCACGCCUGGUAUCUUCAUGGGCCUCUCUACAUUCUUCGUGCUGCUUAGCAUCUUGUAUGUCGGUCUUGCAGCAUUGUCCAGCCUCGAGGUUUCGUAUGGUGCUUUCGACAAGGACAUUAGCCCUACUGCUCAGAAGAAGCAGAACUAA